AUGAUUUCGCAUCCCCGAGGCCCACCGCCGCGACCGCCGCCACUGACUCGCCCCAAGAAAGUCUCGGUGGCCUGCGCAGAGUGCCGUAAACGUAAGACUAAAUGCGUCGGGGGCGUCCCGUGCGCGAUCUGUCGCCGACACAAUGUCGAUUGCGUCCUUGACGAAGACACCGAUCGUCGUCGGAAAGGUACUCUGGAGCGCCGAUUGGAGGCGUUGGAGCAAGAUCAAAGCCUUCUUCGGCACCUGCUGGGUACCAUUCACGAUGAUGAUCCGACACGGUUUGAUCGGAUUCUGGAGUUCAUUCGCACCGAUGCCUCGUUGGAUCAAGUGCGCCUGUUUAUCACCAACACCUGUUCGCAGCCAGCUGAUGGGGAGCAAAUUCGGCUAUUCGACCAUCCGGUGUACCUGGUACCCGCCCAGCCGUGGACCUCGUUGACUGAGGAUGACGACUAUGUGUCGCGUCUUAUAUCGCUCUAUUUCACCUGGAACCACCCCACGCAGAUCUGGAUCGAUCGCGAUCUCUUCAUCCAAGAUAUGCAAAGCGGCGACCCGAACGCGUUAUUCUGCUCUCCCCUGCUUGUCAAUGCCCUCCUGGCGGUCGCCUGCUGUUACCUGGACGUGCCAGACCCAGUCGCCGUGGCAGGUGCACCUCCUGGCCGCCUGAGGUUCUUUAGUGAGGCGAAAGGACUCUUGGGUAAGGAGGAAGGGAAACUUUCCCUCCCCAGCUAUCAAGCUUGUUGCGCCCUAUAUCUCAGUGCGUCCGUCCUGGGGAAAUGUAUGCUCGCGUGGCAAUACUUAGUGGACAUUGCCAGGUACGCCCGAGAGCUUAUGGAAAAGCACAAUAUGCUUGUUGCAAGAGCCGGUGAAAGGGUUUCGGAGAUGGCUCGAGGCCUGGACACGGCGAUCCUUGGCUCGUUUAGCCUCCUGCCAGUCGCGGUGCCGAGCUUCCAUCAACCAUCCAAGAUGAAAAAGCCCGCGUGUGGAUUUCCGCCGCAAGAACAUGACUUGGAGGACACUUGGCACUCCUACCCUAUAAAAGGCUCAUCCACCCCAGCGCACGCGAAUUGUCUAGCCGAAGCAUCCUUCGGCCUACAGUUGAUCGUGUGGGAUAUCUCCAACAACUCGUUCGGGAGGGGCCAGGGACAUGAGACAUCGGGUCAUGAUUAUUAUGACCGCCUGAAACAAUGGGCAUCACAGCUUCCUGAAUGCGUGAAAUUCAAAGAUACAAAAACCCCCGCAACCCUCGACUUACAAAUGCGAUAUUACAGUGCUGUAAUAUCUGCCUUUGAGUUCUCGGAAGACACCAAUGCUCCCGAUGUGCGUAUUUUCUCCGCCCACACCAUCUGCUCCCUGCUCGGCGAGUUCAUGGCUCGUUGGCCCGCUACAUACACGCCCGUGAAUUAUAUUCGAUACAUCAGCGUUGUGCUCUCAACAUUACUUCCCCAUCUCGGCAAAGAAGAAAACAAGUCCUUAUUUAUAUCGUGUUUCUUCACGCUUCACUCUAUGGAGAAGCGACUUCCCAUGGCGGCAAAGGUCCUCCAGCACAUCCGGGACAAAGCACGACAGUUGCAUAUCGGUCUUCCCCGGCAGGUCAUCUCGCUGGGCUAG